AUGGCUUGUGAGGGGGGCAACCCUACAGUUGCAAAUCAAGGCAGCACUGACAGGAGAUGGUUGCUGAAUGCUAUAAAGCCAGGACUUGUUAAAAAGAUCAAUAGAUUGCCUACCCCCAUUGCAGGACUGGACAACACCAUCUUGUUCUUGAGAGGCUGUAAAGAGCUUGGCCUUAAAGAAUCUCAACUCUUUGACCCAAGUGACCUCCAGGAUACGUCCAGCAGGGUCACUGUCAAGAACCUUGAUUAUAGCCGGAAGCUGAAAAACGUGUUAGUGACCAUUUAUUGGCUGGGGAAAGCUGCAAACAGCUGUGCAUCCUACAGUGGAACCACACUGAAUCUGAAGGAGUUCGAAGGACUGUUGGCUCAGAUGCGAAAGGAGACUGAUGACAUUGAGAGCCCUAAGCGCAGUAUCCGAGACAGCGGCUACAUUGACUGCUGGGAUUCUGAGCGCAGCGAUUCCCUCUCUCCUCCUCGCCACGGCCGGGAUGACUCCUUUGACAGCCUGGAUUCUUUUGGCUCCCGCUCCCGACAGACACCUUCACCAGAUGUAGUUCUCAGGGGAAGCAGUGAUGGAAGAGGAAGCGACUCCGAAUCUGACUUGCCGCACCGGAAGUUGCCAGAUGUGAAGAAAGAUGAUAUGUCUGCCCGACGGACUUCUCAUGGCGAGCCGAAGUCUGCAGUGCCUUUUAACCAGUACCUCCCGAACAAAAGCAACCAGACAGCCUAUGUCCCUGCGCCUCUGAGAAAGAAGAAGGCUGAGAGGGAGGAAUACAGGAAAAGCUGGAGCACGGCCACCUCCCCUCUGGGCGGGGAAAGGCCCUUCAGAUACGGUUCGAGAACUCCUGUGUCAGAUGACGCAGAGAGCACGAGUAUGUUUGACAUGCGGUGUGAGGAGGAGGCAGCGGUGCUGCCGCACAGCAGGGCCCGCCAGGAGCAGCUGCAGCUGAUAAAUAACCAGCUGAGGGAAGAGGACGACAAAUGGCAAGAUGACCUGGCUCGUUGGAAGAGCCGUAGAAGAAGUGCUUCUCAGGACUUAAUCAAGAAAGAGGAAGAAAGGAAAAAAAUGGAGAAGCUGAUGUCUGGAGAAGACGGGACAAGUGAACGAAGGAAAAGCAUCAAAACUUACAGAGAGAUUGUUCAAGAAAAAGAGCGGAGAGAGAGGGAGCUGCAUGAGGCAUAUAAGAAUGCACGGUCGCAGGAGGAGGCAGAGGGGAUCCUCCAACAGUACAUUGAGAGGUUCACCAUCAGUGAGGCUGUGCUCGAACGCUUGGAGAUGCCAAAAAUUCUGGAGAGAAGCCAUUCAACAGAGCCAAACUUAUCCUCCUUCCCGAAUGACCCCAGCCCCAUGAGAUACUUACGGCAGCAAUCACUGCCUCCACCCAAAUUCACUGCCACAGUUGAAACCACCAUUGCUCGCACCAGUGUCCCAGAGACCAGCGCAGCAGGCGGCAGUGGGUCUCCAAGCAAACCCAUCACUCCCAAUGCAGUGCCUAUGCUGACACCCAAGCCUUACUCCCAGCCCAAAAACUCUCAAGAGGUUCUGAAGACUUUUAAGGUGGAUGGGAAAAUCAGCAUGAAUGGAGAAAUGGUCCAUGGAGAUGAGGAAGAAAAGGAAAAAGAAGUGCCCGUGGUGGCACCUGGCCCUUCCUUAACCAAGUCCCAGAUGUUUGAAGGUGUGGCCACGGUGCAUGGCUCUCCCGUGCAAGUGAAGCAAAGCAGCAACAGCAUUGAGAUCAACAUCCAGAAGCCAAAUUCUGCUUCCCAGGAACUGACAGCAGCCUCUAAUAAAACUGAGUCAAAUGGCCAAGAGGAUGACAACAGUGAUGGGAAGUCGGGGACACAGGACACGGAGCUGGCCUCAGCAGAGCCACAGCAUUUUACAACAACUGUGACUCGAUGCAGCCCAACCGUGGCCUUGGUGGAGUUUUCCUCAAGCCCCCCGCUGAAGAAUGAGGUGCCAGAAGAAGGAGACCAGAAGAAGCCUGAAAAUGAGAUGAGUGGGAAGGUAGAGUUAGUGCUGUCACAGAAGGUGGUAAAGCCAAAAUCCCCAGAACCAGAAGCAACCUUGACGUUUCCAUUUCUCGACAAAAUGCCUGAAAUCAACCAACUGCAUUUGCCAAACCUCAAUUCGAAAGCGGAUUCUCCAAGCAGCGAAAAGUCCCCUGCCACUACACCUUUUAAGUUCUGGUCAUGGGACCCGGAAGAGGAACGUAGGCGACAGGAAAAAUGGCAGCAGGAGCAAGAGCGUCUGCUCCAGGAGCGUAAGAUAAUUGAAGACACUGUGGUCCCAUUCACCCUUUCCUCGAGUUCUGCAGACCAGCUGUCCUCUUCCUCAUCUGUAACUGAAGGCAGUGGAACCACGAAUAAGGUGGGCUUGGAAAACUGUCAAAACAAAGAAAAAGAGAGAAGACAGAAGACACCUCUCCAGGAGAACGACAGUGACUCAUUGCUCAAGGCCAGAGAAAGUAGUCCUCCAGAAGAGGACAGCAACCUAACUCAAGAACCCUCAGCUCACUCUGAAGACUCCAUGCCAAAAGGAAUCCAUCUGGACCAGCAGCCAGAGGACCAGCAGCUGGAGGCAGAGGCUGGGGCCCCAUACUGUGGUCCAAGCCCACAGCUAGCUCAGGAGCCACCUCAGAACCAACAGGUGUCAAACCCAUCAACAUACACAUCAGAAGAUGUGAAGCCCAAAACUCUACCCCUGGAUAAAAACGUCAAUCAUCAGAUGGAGUCUCCGGGUGAAAGGCGGAAGAAAAGCCCUCGAGAGAACUUCCGGGCUGGGCCCCUGUCCCCCUGUUCUCCUACCCCUCCUGGCCAGUCACCAAACAGGUCUAUUAGCGGGAAGAAGCUGUGCUCCUCCUGCGGGCUCGCUUUGGGUAAAGGAGCUGCAAUGAUCAUCGAGACCCUGAAUCUCUACUUUCACAUCCAGUGUUUCAGGUGUGGCAUUUGUAAAGGACAGCUUGGAGAUACAGUGAGUGGGACGGAUGUUAGGAUUCGCAACGGUCUGCUAAACUGUACUGA